CAUUCCCUCCCCCCCGGCGCUGCCCGCCCUUCCCCGGCCGAGCAAAAGGCAGCGGGGCGGCUCCGCGGCCGCAGGAGCUGCUGAUCCUGCAAGGCGCGGGGAGAUCCAGAGCGAGGCGGCGAUCGCGCGCAGGUGUCCCCGCAGUGACGCAGUCCGGGGCAGAUGGAAGCCCCCCAAGAACAGCCAGGAAUGAGCGAUGAGUCGACGCAGCCACCGGCGGCGACGGAUGGCGAGGCCACGCUGGUUUCAGAUUCCGUGACUGAUGCUCCUCUUUGUCCUGCGGAGGGAGAACGGGAAGAAGGGCCGAUGGACGUUACGGCAGCCGGCAGACCAGAAGUGGACGCCGAACUCCGGCUGAUCCUGGUCGGAAAGUCCGGAGGCGGGAAGAGCGCCACGGGCAACACCAUCCUCGGCGAGAGGAAGUUUGAGUCCAUCUUGUCAGCCACCGCCACCACCCUGAAGUGCCAAAAGGAGCAGGGAAGCUGGGAAGGCAGGCAGGUGUCCGUGAUUGACACGCCAGCCCUUUUCGAUGCCAAAGAGAUGGAUCCGUCACUGGAACCGGAGAAGAAAACUUGCCUUGAGCUGUGCCAGUCGGGUCUCCAUGCCUUCAUUUUGGUGACCCAGGUGGGGCGCUUCACGGCGGAAGAUGUGGCAGCGGCGAAGCGUGUCUGGGAAAUCUUUGGGGAUGGGUCCGCCCGGCACACGAUCGUCCUCUUCACCUGCCUGGAGGAUUUGGGAGGGGCUCCCCUGCAGGAGUACGUCGCGCAGUCCGACAACAAGGCACUGCAGGAGCUGAUCGAGAAGUGCGGGAACCGCUACUGCGGCUUCAACAACAAGGCCGUGGGAGACGAGCGGCAGGCGCAAGUCUCGGAGCUGAUGAAGAUGGUGCAAAGUGUCGUUUCGAAGAACGAGGGGAAACACUACGUCAUCCAGCUACCUGAGGUGCCCAAGAAACCCCCAGAUUCAUCCUGUGCCAACCGUCCGGAAACGGCUAAACGCAUCCAAGGGCCCGAACGGCGGAUCGUCCUCGUGGGCAAGACCGGAAGUGGGAAAAGUGCGACGGGGAACACCAUCCUGGGAAGGAAAGACUUUGGGAUGUCACCUCAGUCAGCUACAAAACGUUGCCAAAAGGAGGAGAUGCAGUGGAACGGCAGGAGGAUUGUGGUGGUCGAUACGCCUGGCUUCCCGGACACCGGGCAUCCAAACGCUGCCGACAUGAGCGAGUGUCUGAAGUUAUGCGGCCCGGGUCCCCACGUUAUUCUCUGGGUCAUGCGCCCCGACCGUGUCUCCCAGGAGGGGAAGGACGUGGAACGGCUGAUCCACGAGAUCUUCCGAGAGAAAGGCAGGGAUUAUGUGAUCCUCCUGUUCACCCACAAAGAUCAGCGGGAAGGCGAACCGGCUGAAAAUCAACCGGAUCAAAAGGAAUUCCUGGCCGGCUGGGAGAACCGCUACCUGGCCUUCAGCAACAUGGCCGAAGGAGACGAACGGGAGGCUCAGGUGGAUGAACUAAUGAAGACGAUUGACCGGGUCGUGUUUGAGAACGGAGACGCUCUUUAUUACGGGGAGAGAAGUGGCUCCCCCAUGUGUCGUAUCAUCUAAUUAAUGGACACCCCCCCCUCAGAAGCCUUUCUACUGGAUCCUCUGCUCCAAGGGGGCAACUCUGCCAAAGGCCACAACCCUGCAUUUCCCCCCUUUUGCUCCGUUCUAAUCCAGUCCUCGCCGGGAGACCGCCAAAGAAGCCGAAUCGAGAGAUUCGUGGCGGAGUCAUCCCGAGCCAAUUCUUUCGAGGGUUCUCCCCUCGAAUGACUUCAAUUGGAAGACCCUGCUCCCCCCCCCCCCCGCAGUAUCAACUGGCCCCACAGCCUAAUUCUCUAUUAGCCUGCACCCUUAGGAAGAAUCACUCUCUUUCUGGCUUCCCUUCUCCCAGUCCUUGGAAAUAGACCAGGCUAGUAAACCACCAACACAACAAAUGAUGAUGAUGAUGAUGAUGAUGAAAGGACAGCAAGGGCAACACCCAAUGUCCUAAACCCACCCAAGAACA